AUUCCACCAAACUGAAUAUUUUCCCAAAUUACCCUUUAUCUCUCUAUCUCUUUCUCUCUCCUCUUCAAACGCUAUACAUUUCCCUUUCAAUCAUCCAUCAUCAUCAUCUUCAACCUUUCUCUCUCCUACUUCGUCUUCUUCCUCUUCUUCUUCCUCAUCAUCAAGCAAAUCCUGCAAAAAUGAGCUACAGAAAGUACGAAAUCAUCGAACAUUCAUCUCCUUGCUUCAUCACUGAAACCUCCAUUUUCCCACCAAAAUCCCUCUCCUUAAACCCCUUCUUCCCCCCUUCACUCAUCUGCGACGAUGAACCCACCUUCUCCCCUUUCGAUCUGGUCCAGAUCGAGUCAUCAUUCCCGCUCUGCACCACCUACAAGCGAGUCGUACGCCGAGUCGACCCGGUUGAAUCCUACCUGAAGGUGAUCUCCGAGCGAGUGAGCUCACUCGAGUCGAAGUUCGACAAGCUGCUGCUGUCAAAGGAGAAGGAGAAGAAGGCGAAACAGCAACAGGAGCAGAAGAUGCGACAGGUGGACAGGAAGUACUCGUUUACGGCGGAGAUUAAAGGGGAGGUGGAGAAGAAGUACAAAUGGACGGCGGAGAUUGAAGGGGAUGAUGACAAAAAGGGGAAGAAAGGUGAGAGGAAGUACCAGUGGAUGACUGAGGUUAAGGGGAAGGAAGAUGAGAAGAGGAUUUACACGUGGAAGGCUACCAUUGGUGGUGAUAAGAAGAAGAAGAUUGAGAGCGGGAAGAAGAAGGAGAAGGGUUCCUCUGCUGCGCGGAUUGUUGAGAUCGAAGAAACCUCUGAUCAUAGAGCUGUGGUUAUGCGUCAGGCUUUUGCCAAAAGAUCUACCAAUGAUAAAGGAAAAAGGAAGGAACUAUCACCCUAUGAUGCAGCAGCUUUGAUCCAGUGGACCUUCAGGGCUUACCUUAUUCGCAGAUCUAAGGCCCUACGUGCCCUUCGAGAGCUUGCCGUUGCAAAAACUAAGUUGAAGGAACUCAGGGCAUUGUUCCAUAACUUCUCCUACCGUAGCCGCGUUUCCCGUGAUGCUGAGGAGCGUCAGAAGUUCUCAGAGAAAAUCAUCGUUCUGCUCCUCACUGUGGAUGCUAUUGAGGGAGUUGAUCUGAUGGUGAGAGCUGCAAAGAGAUCAAUGGUGGAUGAACUGGAGGCAAUGCUCGAGGUGGUGGAACCCCAACCUCAACCUGAUGGUAGAUCUCUCUCCAUGAGGCGAAGGACCUUCGACAUGCCUAGUGGGACCAUCCAAAAGGAAAUCGCCGAAGGUGUUGCACAGGUCGUUCAAAUGCUUGAUGAAGAAAACGGAACCUUUGAAGCAUGCGUAUAAAGAAAGAACUUGGCUAAACUCGGUUAAAAACGUGGUUAUUACAUAUUCAGCUAUGUUGUUGUAUGUUUUGUUAAUUUAGGAAGGGUUAGAGUUUGCAGUCUAAAACACAUUUUGUGAGUUAAUCGGCUCGAGUUUCUAGGUUUAGUUUAGUAGUAAUGUAUUACCAGGAGGAUUGUUUCUACUGCUUUGAUUUUUUUUCCUUCUUGUUUUGAGAUGCUUUUGAAUGUUAUGUGAUCUGGGUUUGUUCAAAGUGUUGGGUUAUGCAAUGAAGGAGAUAAUGAGCAGAACCCGACCCGGGUGUGAUUUGGGUCAA